AACUAUGACACGAAAGAGAUCAACGAAUCAGGUGUCAUAAGUCCCUCGCACAGAAUUCCCGACCCCUACGCGCUCAAUUUUGCAUCAGAGUCAACGCGAUGAGCCUGUUCGCGUACACCGUCGGCGGCGGAGGUUUCAUACUGAUCGGAGCUUGGGAAUCCUUCGUAUCAUCCACAGAAACCUUCAGAGAGUCUCCGUCGCCGCUAGCGCAUCCUCAAUCACCACACACCGGGACGGAAUCCUCCUCAAGGUUCUCCUCCUCCGUGACAUUCCUGGCAGUUUCCGCCCUCUCAUUUCUCUUCAUCGUCAACUCCAUAGUCUCCAUCUCUGACGCCAUCAGCUCCAAAGACUCUGUUGGUUUGGCUUACCAGUUGGGGGAAAUAGCCAUUUCGCUCCUUUUCCUUCUCUACUCCGUCCUCGGCUUCGUUAGUUGUACAAGAAGGCGUCUUCAAUUUCCUUCCCAGUUCCUCAAUCUGAUUUCCCUCUUCGCAUUCAUGGAAGAAUUUCUGUUAUUUUACCUUCAGAGGAAAGACCCUAGCGGGGUCGAAAAUAGGUACUAUGAUCUCUUUCUAGUGCCCAUUUCUAUUUGUGCAUUCUCUACUAUUCUGGAAUUGAAAAACCCCAAAUCCAAUUACACUAGACUGGGACGCGGAAUCGGACUGGUCUUGCAAGGUAUCUGGUUCCUACAAAUGGGGUUUACAUUUUUCACCAACAUGAUAGCUCAUGGCUGCUCAUUGCACGGAAAAAGUAGAGGGAAUUACACCAUAAAGUGCAAUGGACAUCCCGAAUACCAUCGAGGUCGAGCCAUUGCCACUCUUCAGUUCAAUUGCCAUCUUGCUCUUCUUGUGGUUUUGAUGUCUGGAGCAUACUCUAUUUUAUGUAAGAAGAGUGGAAUUAACAAGGAUUCAGCUUUGAGGUAUAGACCACUUAGUGCAGAGGUGGUGCAGCAGUUGGAAAUGGCUACCAGCAGCUCACAUUUUACAUUGGAUUCUGAUGAUGAUGAAGAUGAAGAGAAUAGUGGGUUUAAAAAAGAAGAGGAGAGGAAGAAUAUAGAAAUGCAGAAGGCCAACCAGGGCACUAAUGGUUAUUCUACUAGUGCAUGAUUUUGUUAUUUUUUUGUUUAUAGCAAUGAACAUAGGCAUGUCUUCUAGAUUGUGAUUAGAUUAGAAAGAUCCAGCUUUUGCAUGAUACGAUUGAGAAGAAAAUACACUUACAUAUGCCUUGAUAAUAAUUCGAUUUGAAUGAAAUUUUCCCUGGCAUGGCAUGUUCUUUUGAAUUGGUUGAACAGGAGGCGCUGUAUAAUACAAAAA